UCUUUGAAGUGACAUAUAUCGCAUGAGGUAAACCACCUUCAUGAAGGACUGAAGCAUGUAAGUAUCAUUCCACUUGUUUGUAAGUAUUCUUUUUUUAUCACAAGUAGUUGUUAGUUGUGUUGAUAGGAUAAUUCCUUUUAUGUCAUUUUACAUAUCUCAUAUUUCUAUGCCUUUAGUGUUUUGUUAACUAUCCAUGUAUUCUUUGUACAGGGUUUGAAGACAGAACUUGAGAAGGUCUCCCCAUCACUGGGUCGGACUGCUAUUUACACAAGAGAGUCGAGAAUAAAUGAGUUUCCUAGGCAAGAGCAUAAUUCUCAUUCAUCAUUUUUCUCAUCUUAGUCAGAGAUAACAUGUAUGUAGAUUCUUUCUUCAGGUACUUGACUGUGCAGUUUGUUCGUUUCUUUUGGAAAAGGGAGUCAAACCAAAAGGCAGAGAUUUUACGUAAAGUGGAUUACCCUCUGGAGCUUGAUGUCUAUGACUUCUGCUCGGAUGAGCUGAAACUAAAACUUCAAACUCCUCGACAGGUGCUCAGAGAUGCAGAAAGUGCCAUGUUUGGUUUGAAAGUACAGGUGAAAACAAGCAGCUCACAAAAUAUUGAGGCGGUGUCGUGGCAGGUGGUGGCGAGGAAGGCCGGACCGGAUUUGUCUUACCCUUUCCUCCACGUCCACCUUUUACUCGACCUCUUCCUCGAUGAGGCUGAGCAUGGGAGGGUGCCUCGGGAGGAUCGGCGAGAAAACUAG